UUCGCGGCUGUCCAUUUCAGUAGUAGUUUUCGCGUCGGCCGCAGCACAACGAGCAAACGGAAACCGGAAACCGGAAACGGAAGUUGAAAAAAGGCAGUGGCUAGUGAGCAACUGUAAUUCGGACAGAGAACCGAAAACAGACAAGUGACAAAAACAACAACUGAGAACUGAGCGCAGUGAAGUGUUUGUUUGUUUGUUUUCAUCGUUAUCAGUGGAUGCACACGUUUCCAAGCGUUUCUGAUGCGAGUGGGGAUCGGGACUGGGAUUAAUAUCCAUAUUCACAAUCAGAUUCGGAUUCGGAUUCGGACUCAGUAACCACGGACGGACGGAGGAGGCGGCGAGCCGGAGAGGCGUGUCACUAGCAGGUGGCUGAGCCGGUUAACCAGAGUCCGACGGCAAAAACCUCCUCUCAGCCAAAAACACUGGGUCAUAAUUAACCGCAUGCCACAAGCCGCAACGAGCAAAAACAAAACAACGAAAAUCAAAACAAAAAAAAUCAGUUACCGCCGCCGAAAGGAGAGAAGAACGCACGGGGAAAGAGCAAGGGUGGCGUAAAAUGCGGCCUAAAUGCUUUGGCAAUUAUGCCAAAAUUGUUAACAAAAUACGAAAAGUAUCAAACUAAAUAAAAGCGACAGCAGGAAGCCGCAGGCAUUACAAAAGGACCAAGGGAUAGGCGACGACAGGUGGCAGGUGGUCGUCGGGUCCUUCUCCUUGAAUUCGCUUCGUUUUUAUCCCCCCAAAAACAUACCCUUCGAUUGGCCGGAAAAGCAACAGAGCCAACACAAUCCAAUACCGAGAGCGAGAAACUGAAAGAACCCCAAACCCUAGCACACAAAAUUGAAACCUCAAUAGAAAUACAAACGGAAGCAGAAAAAAAAAACUCACUUAGGCUGCCAUCCAAAUCAACGGCUGUCAGACAAAGAGUCGCUUUUUAUUGAUUUUUAUAAAGCCAAGCAGCCAGGCAGCCCAGCAACACCAAAAAGCAAUGAACAGCAAAGAAUAAUAACACAAGCCGCAGAACCAGAAACCAAAUAAAAAUAAAAACAAAAAGCGAACGCAAUGUGAAUAAUUCCCCAGUUGAACCGAAGUGAGCACGAAACAGAAAAACUGUUGGAAUAUUCCUCAGACCCCCUAUAACCCCUAUAACCUAUAACCUCCCCCUGCCACACCACGAACCCCCUUGGGAUCACCCACUAUAUAAUACCAUACUAUCGUAACGUUCAUCAAAUGCGAUUCGAUUCGAUGACGAUUCAAACAGGAGACACCGGAGAGACGGACGCACACGGAGCCCCAUAAAAAUGUGUUAUAAAAAUAUACACGCAUAAAUUUCCCCUCCCCUUUCCUUCACAAGGACAUAAAUAUACAUAUAUAUCAGAGCCUGGCUGGGGGAAUUUUAAUGCAAAUGUCAUUGACAAAGUCAAUUAGGAGCAAAGAAGCAAACAAACGAACGGAAAUGCUGUAGCUGCACAAUUGAAAAUUCAACAAAAAUUCAUCAAGGGUCACACAAACAAAACAAAAAGGAAAAGAAAAUACAAAACGAAAGGCGGGACAAAAGCAAGACUGAUUUUAAGUUUAGUUAGAUUAUUUUUAAAGCAACUACAUUUUGUGACGGCGAACCAAAACUGCAACAACGAAUUAGCCAAGCGGAAACCCUAGCAAAGAGAAACCCGCCCAAAGAGAGAACCAAAUAGGGAGAGCAGCUAAAAUCCGGCUAAGACAACAACAGCAACCACAUUACCAACAAAAGGCGACCGGGCUCAUACGAAAGCAUGUUUGUUUUCAUAGCUGUGCUGUUUGUUAACGCUUGCCUAGCGGGCACCAUUCCGGCUACGCCGGAGAACAUAACCGUUACGUUCUUGACGCCCACGGCGGUCCGGGUUUCGUGGCAGACGCAAAUCGAUCUGAAGGCACAUCCCAUCGAGAAGUACAUCGUGACGUACAAGCCGACGGAUGACAGGGUUGUACAGGACGUCGCCGGCAGCAGCGAGGCCAUUGUCCUGGAUCGCCUGCUGCCCAGUACACAGUACUCGCUCGUUGUGACGGCCAUUUGGCAGGGCAAAAAGUACCGCAGUCGGGGGCAGAUCAAGUUUAAGACGCUGGAUCUGCCCAAAAACACCUCCCAGCAGGACUUUCCACCGGGUAUCUAUGGCAAUGGCAGCAACAAUGGCCGUAAUGGCAGCUCCAACGCCAGCAUCUUCGGCGACGAUGUGACCUCCACGGCCACCAACACCCUGACUCAUGGCACAACCAGGGAAUUGCCCACGAUUCGCGGCGUGGAGAUUGGCAUCGUCCUGAUUGUACUGAUGGUUUGGGCCGGAGCCAUCGCGCUGUUCUUCAACCGAUGGGGUAAAAUCCGGAUGUUGCUGCCCUACCAACCGGAUUACAAACACGAACAGCUGAAGGUUCCGGGAACGGGAGUCUGCAGUGCCAGCGGAUGCAAUGGCCAGCAUUCCCACCAGUUCGACAGCAGUGAAUGUGCCCACCCACCGUUGCACUGCAAUAGCCGCGUAAGCCAACAACAACUGGCAGGACACUUCAGACAGCAGAGAUCCUUACUGACAUCCUCUUACUUGCAGCACAUCCACAUGCUGGCCGAGGAGCACUCCACCUCCAUCUCGGAGCGCUGCACGCGCAGCCGGAUCAACUCGGCCAUCUUCGUGUCCUCGGAGGGGCGGGGCUUCGACUCCAUCGAGUUCUUGCGCCGCCACGGAUCCCAGAGUGUCCUUUGCCGGAAGGCCAAGAGUGCCGAGAACAUCACGGACAACGGCCGAAGGAAGAGCCUGCGACCUUGGCGCACCGACGACGAGUCCUGCAAGCAGCAGCACCUCUCGCAGGACAGCAACGAUAUCGAGCUGAAGGAGUGCGGCGGCGGAGGAGGAGAACUACUGAGGCUGCCGGUCAUCCACGAUGGCAAGCAAUCACCUUCGGCAGUGACCAGUUUGCUGGCUCGAUCGGCGGCCAUAACCACGGCCAAUAUGAUUGUGGGCAGCAUCUCGCUGGAGGCACCGCCACCUUACAUGCAGGAUGAUGAGGGCGACACGAUGUCCACGGCGGCACUGAUUCACAGCGAUGCCGCUGCCGUGGUCCACGAAUCCCAGGACUCGGCGGAAACGGUGGAGGAACUCGUCCAUGUGCCCCUUUUGGCCAGCGCCACAGCCACGGCGAGUGUUUCGGCCUCCUCCUCGCCGAGCAUUGCCAUCGAGGCCAAACCGCGAGUCCUCGUGCAUCAGCGAUCCUCGACGGCGUCCUCGUCGCCGCACAGUAGCCCCAAGAACCUGAGCAACCUGGGACUCAAGAUCGUCAAGCCGAAGAUCAGUGCCGUGCCAAUGGUUUCCGUUUCGGGUCCUUCGCCGCCCAUCGAAAAACCGCCGCUGGCCGAGUGCUUGUAACAAAUGGCAGCCGAAACAUUUAUCUAAGCUCGCGCUCAAGGCAACUGGACCCUGGAUCCUUUAUAGCCCUAAGAAACCAAAAGUCCCAGACAAACAAAAAAAUCAACCCUAAUCCAAAUCCUAAUUAAAUAAUCUAAGACGAGAUAGUUGAGAUGGAGAAAGUAUGCCAGCUGCUCAAAUAAGUGUUUCGGUGAGAGGCUUUAAAAAGUAGAAUGUGAAGUGAAGGACGAAAAGUAGAAAUAAGGAUGCGACAAAAAGGAUAUUGUACCAGUGGUCAUCACCAUGCAAAGAAAGCUUUGUAUAUUCAACAACGACUGAAGUAUACACAUAUGUACAUUAUAAACGAAAAACAAUGGUAACCUGUAGAACUUUUUAAGUCGAUAAUUGCGUAUGUGUGUAUACAUACCUAUUAACUGAUAAAUCAGCUUUAACAACAAACAAGUAAACUAUCAGGCUUUAAUAUUACGACGAUGAUGAAUUUCUGGUUUAACCUAGUCUGUAGACUCACCUAGCUGUUGAAACGUAUAAAUCAAUUCUCUUUAAUUGUUCUCCUAUACAUAUAGCCAAAAAACAAAACAAACCAACCAUUUGGGCACCACAACUGUUAUACACGCGAUCUAUAUAGGUUUACUGAAUAUAUAUAUAUUUAUACACCCCGUAAAUUUACGUACCUGCGUCUUGAGCCCUGCAGCAUUUAACAGGAGGUUGAAAUCCUUGCCCUCAGAAUGUUUCAGGAUACGGUGAUUCAGAUCGAUAUAGUCUGAGAAACUAUGUGAUCGCUGUUGAUUGCUGCAGGGCUCUACGACGUAUCUUAGAGGUAUUCGGACACCCGCUAUAUACACUUAGCUAUUAUCGUUAAGAUGAUAAAAUCACAUAGUCCAAAUGUUACUUGCUAACAUAUCAAAUACUCUACUGUACCCACGACCAAAGCGAAACGUUUGAAACUGUAAACUAGUCCAUAAUUAGCUGUAAGCAUCCUAUUACAAAAUUAUUAUAUUAACUAGAUGUAGUGUUUUUUGUCGAGUAAGUGCCCUGGAUGACUUCUGAGUGUGUUUUUAAAACCAGAUUCGUACAUGUACUCCGUGUAGUUGUUUCUGUAGCUCGAACUUUACCCUAUACAAAUGAGUAUAUCUGACAUAUUGAUGGAUUUAUAGAAGUUUAUAUAGGAAACGUUACUAUAGGAAUCUCCAGCUAGCACCAGAAACCAUUUGCUCCCGCUCACUGAUUUAGGUAGACUCUAUACAUUUUAGUUAUGAUACUCCAAAUUUUAUCUAUCCUCAUACGCGUUAGAUCCUUUCAAUCUAUCCUAUCCAGUUCGUUUAUGUAAUGAAUUACAACAAAUGUAAAUACACACCGCACUUGUACCUACGUAAGCUGAAAUACUAUUCAGUGAAACACAAAUGUUGUUAUUAAGGA